GAAGUAAUUUUUUAAAAUAUCCUUUUUCGUGAUAAAGUUUUAAUACUUAUUACUAUAAUCUAGACAUGUAAAUUCUUAAAUAUAUUUGUAUAUUUAAAAAUUGGGUCACAAUAUAUUUGUGGCCCAGAACUCCAUGACUUCUUCCAAUGUGGCCCAGAGAAACCAAACGGUUGGACACCCCUGCUCUACUGUAUUAGUUUCUCUGACAGAGAUGCUAAACAACGUAACGAGUCAUUUUUGUUAAAGAUAACAAAACCGGAAAAGGAUGCAAUAUAAAAAUGCAAUAACAGAAAUCGUUUGGGUUAAACGGACCACACGUAAACAUGCCUGUAGAUAGAUAAAGUAGCGCAAACUAGCAUCAUUUGAACGUCUUUUGAUGGAAAAUACUACAAAGUAAAAAGUUUCUCAUUGUUUUUUUGUAAAAUUAAUUAAGGUGAAGUGCCUUCUAUGUGGCUUACAGAAUUGUGUUCGUUCUCAAAAUCUGUUUGAUUGAUUUGCCAUUUUCCAUUAAUUGCAAUGAGGAAUCCAAAAAUGUAAUAAAAAUGGGGGGGUCCUUGACUUCAUUUUUGAGAUAUAAGGUCAUAGCACAAGUGCGCGCGACAAAUCGCUAUCGCAGGAAAUCGCGUGAUAUUCCAUGGUUGGUAGAAUGUCUUCUAUGGGCUUAUAGAAUUGAGUUCGUUCUCAAAAUUGAAUGGGCCGAUUUUGAUAAAACUUUGCCAUUUUAUGUUAAUUGCGUUGAGUAAUCCAAAAAUGUAAUGAGGGUACUGUUCAUUUAAAUGUAAAAAAUAGGGGUCCAUGACUUCGUUUACGAUAUACAGAGGCAUUAAAGUGACAAUGUUUGUGCUCCCUGGUAUUCCGUUAGCCUGUGCGCGGCUAACGGAAUUUAGGCCUAUGGGUCCAAAAUCAUAACAUCAUUGCAUGCACCUAACCGAAAAUAGGCACCGAAACGAACAAAAUCACCUUUCUGUCUGCAAGUGGUAAUAUAUAUACACCUGAAGAUGUCUGUUAUAUAUAGAUGAAAACAUUAGUAAAAAUUAGUAAUUUGAGGUAUGCUCAUGUAGGUGUUUUGGAAAGUUAUUGAAAUUAUAUAACCUUGACCCUGAAAAUCAUUAAUAUGAAUUUUUCAUAAAGUGAACUAACUGUUGGUCACCUAGCAAUUCAUAUUAAUGAGAGUUGACUGUGUUUCUUAAAAAAUUGCAACCUUUUUCAUUUGAGUAGGAAUUAAGCAUGGCUUUUUUUAUUGCUAUUCUGCCAUAUAGGUUUUUCAUGUAAUUGAUUUAUGAUUGUGUUUUAAUUGUAGACCUUUUUCAUGGCCAAACACAUCAGAUUUAAUUUCUCUUGCAAAUUUUUUAGGAUCUUUAGUUGCUGCUUUUACAAUCAAUUUGUCUUUAUGAGUAGAUUUCAUCUUUCAUUGUUUUAUUCUUUGAUCUUCAACAGAUUCAUUUUCUUUGUAUUUAAUUUUUUAAACGCCACCUUCAGCAGAUAAAUUAUGCUGUUUAGCAAAUGCACAAAAUGAUCACAGUUGUUCAUAACUAUUCACAACUUCCAUUUUCAGAACAGAAGAUAAUUCAUUCCAUAGAACUGUUGUUACUUUGUAAAAUGUCAUUAGAUUGUGUAAACUGUAUAAUAAUUUGUAUAUGUCAAUUUAUGCACGUUUUUUUUGUUUUUUAGAAUGUCAACAAAAUAUUUUUGGCUUGCAAUGUUUUUCAAUUUUAAAAAUUCAAAAAAAUUUAUAUAAAAUGGUAAAUAAAUACAUAAGUAUAUACUAUGCAUGUAUCUAUAGCCUAAAGUCACAAGAAAAAUAUAUUUUCAGUUUAACAUUAACCAAUAGAAAGCAUAUAUAAUAUCAUAUUCUGAAUACUAAAUAUAUGAUAUCAAAUUAUUUUAAAAAACCAAAACAAAUUUACCUGGGAAUUCCUACAUUUGUCAAGUUGUUAGAUUUGAGAAGUACAAGCUUAUGCUUCUUUAUCAAUAGAAAUGAAAAGAAUUCAAUUCGCAAUGGCAUGUGGCCAACAUCUCUGUCAAAUCUCACUAUUGCCUGUACAGUUUUAUUAUUUCUUAUGUUAACAGAACCAGGUUUCACAUAUUCUAUAAAUUCUUGGCUUUGGAAAUUAAGUUAUAUUUUGCACAUUCCACAAAAAUUUCCAAGAACAUUAAGGGCAGCAGUUACAUCUGGUAUAGUUGGAUUUAUUUUUUUCAUUGUAUUGAUGAAUAUUCGCCAGUAUUUAUUGAGAAUUCUACUUUCAUAUCGUGGUUGGAUGUAUGAACCAUUACAUGCUAGUUCAAAGCUUACACUUUUAUGGUGUGCAGUGGUUAGACUUAUUAGUGGCUAUCAACCUUCUUUAUAUAGUUGCCAGAGAUCUCUACCCCGAAUGCCAGUUCCUGCAAUUAAUGAUACAAUUCAAAGAUUAUUAGAAUCAUUGAAAGCGGUUUGUACUGAAGAAGAAUUUCAAGAGAUAGAGAAACAAGCUAAAGUAAUUAUAAAUAUGAUUGAAAUAUUACAAAAAUCUAUAUUUGUGAAAAGCGAAUUAUCUUCUCAAAGUUAUGUAAAAAUUUUGUGGGAAAAAUAUGCAUAUUUGAAAAGUCGAAGUCCUCUACCAAAUAACAGCAAUUAUUAUGUUUGUGAUCAAAGUUAUUGGACACCUGCUACCACUCAAAUAUCAAGUAUGGAUUAUUAGCAGGGACACCAUCAUCUGGUUACAGCAAGCCAUCUGGGC